AUGCCGUCCCUCGUCGGCUUCAUCGGCAUCGGCAACAUGGGGGCGUGCAUGGCCCGGAAUCUACUUGCAGCGGGAUAUAGAGUGAUAGUGUGUGAUCGGUCACCAAAAGCCGUGGCGGCCUUGCAACAAGCAGGGGCUCUGCAGGCCGAGACUCCAGCCCAGCUGGCCUCCACCCCGGGUCUGAAGGCGCUGGUGACGAUGCUGCCCUCCAGCGCCGCGGUUCGGGAAACAUACCUGGGCCCCACUGGGAUCUUCAGCCUGCCGCCCCGCACGCUGCGGCCCUCCCUGCUCAUCGACUCCAGCACCAUCGACCCCCUGACCUCCCGCGACCUGGCGGCUGCAGCGGCCCGCACCACCCUCCACCCCGACGUGGUUGAGGGGGCGGCUGGAGCGCCCAGCACUGCGCCGGCCAUGCUGGAUGCCCCCGUGUCCGGCGGGGUGGGCGGUGCCGCUGCCGGCACGCUCACCUUCAUGGUGGGGGGCCCGGCAGAAGCCGUGGCGCGAGCCCAGGGGUUGCUGGGCACCAUGGGCCGAGCCACGGUGCAUUGCGGGGAGGCCGGGGCGGGACAGGCCGCGAAGUUGUGCAACAACCUGGUCCUGGGCGUGAGCAUGGCUGGGGUGGCGGAGGGUCUGGCCCUGGGCCAGAGGCUGGGCCUGGACGCCCGUAAUCUCACCAAGAUCUUCAACGGCUCCUCGGCCAGGUGCUGGUCGGCAGACACCUACAAUCCCGUGCCGGGCGUGAUGGAGGGCGUCCCGGCUUCGCGGGAGUACACCGGCGGCUUUGCGGCAGCGCUGAUGAGCAAAGACCUGGGGCUGGCCCAGGAGGCGGCGGCGCAGUGCAGAGCCGCCCUGCCCAUGACAGCCGCCGCCGCCGAGCUGUACCGCCAGCUGGCGACGGAGGCUGGACCGGCCAUCGAUUUCUCAGGGGUGUACCAGCACGUGUACGGCGGCCAAGCGGUGGCUGCAAACUCAUGA